UCCAUUCAGCUCAGCUCGCGCUCCUCGCAGCAGCAGCUGAUACGCGGCGGUGGACGCUCAGCAUCUCGCGCACAGAGCUCAGAGCUCACCCUCACCCUGAAUGACAGUGACGGUCUGCUACUGCUGCUGUAGGUGAAGAUGGACGGAGUGAGCGGGAAUAAGAGCAUGUCCUACAGCCGCUGGAGCUACGACAGCACUUUGGACGAGGAGGGCAGUACCCUGCGGCAGCAGAAGCUGGACAGGCAGAGAGCUCUGUUAGAGCAGAAGCAGAAGAAGAAGCGUCAGGAGCCGCUGAUGGUUCAGUCGAAUCUGGACGGACGCUCGCGGACCCGGAGAACCAGGCAGUCGGAGGAGCAGGCGCCGCUGGUGGAGUCGUAUCUCAGCAGCAACAGUAGCACCAUCUACCACGUACAAGAAGCCGAACAGGAGGAGGUCAAGGCUGUAGCGGAGAUUCAGGCUCCUCGCUCGGUUAAAAAAGCCAAGCCUCCCACGUCCACCCCGCAGACGGGCAGCGCCAAGAAGGAGAAAAAGGGGAAGCACAAAGGGAUCGAUGGGCCGGCUGCCUUCCCGGAUGAGGGGCAGAUCCAGAUCCUAACGGUGGGCCACUCUCCCGCUCCCGAGGGCGAGGCUGAGGGUCCGGGGCAGGGGGAGGGGCUCAGCAGCUCUCAGACCCAAAGCAAACAGGACCUCCGGGUCACCAUGCUGAAAAAAGGAAUCUCCAGUAGUAUGAAUUUUGAUGAAGAGGAGGAUGAUGAAGAUGAGGUCAGCUCGAGUUCCUCUCAGCUCAACAGCAACACGAGACCAGGAUCCGCCACCAGCAAGAAAUCCAGCAAGGAAGCUGCUUCCGCUUCUACUCCAGUGGCCAGCAAUCCUCCCAUCGACGUGGGCGAUCUGGAGGAGUUCACGCUGAGGCCGGCUCCACAGGGCGUGACCGUCAAAUGCAGGAUCACACGUGACAAGAAGGGCAUGGACCGGGGCAUGUACCCCACCUACUACCUCCAUCUGGAACGAGAAGACGGUAAAAAGGUUUUCCUUUUAGCCGGGAGAAAAAGAAAGAAGAGCAAAACAUCCAAUUACCUCAUCUCCAUCGACCCAACGGACCUGUCCAGAGGCGGAGAGAGCUUCAUCGGGAAACUAAGGUCGAACCUCAUGGGGACGAAGUUUACAGUGUAUGAUAACGGGAUGAACCCGGUGAAGACCACCUCCACCCUGGAGGCCAGUAACCUGCGGCAGGAGCUGGCAGCUAUCUGCUACGAGACUAAUGUUUUAGGGUUUAAAGGACCUCGGAAGAUGAGCGUCAUCAUUCCCGGAAUGAACAUGGAUCACGAGCGAGUGUGUAUCAGACCCCGGAAUGAGCACGAGUCGCUGCUCGCACGCUGGCAGAACAAGAGCACGGAGAGCGUCAUCGAGCUGCACAACAAGACGCCGGUGUGGAACGACGACACCCAGUCCUACGUCCUCAACUUUCACGGCCGGGUCACCCAGGCCUCCGUCAAGAACUUCCAGAUCAUUCACGACAACGAUCCGGACUACAUAGUGAUGCAGUUUGGCCGGGUGGCGGAGGACGUCUUCACGAUGGACUUCAACUACCCCAUGUGUGCUCUGCAGGCCUUCGCCAUCGCGCUGUCCAGCUUCGACAGCAAGCUGGCCUGUGAGUAACCAGCCGAGCCGAGCCGGCGGCGGACGCUGGACACCCGGCAUCACCCAGAGAAGGGCUGCAGUGACCCCCGGCCCUCCCGGCUGCGUCCCUGCCACUAAACGUCCCCGUCUGGGAGAGUGUGUGUAGGAGCUCGGCAGGUGUGUGUGUGCAGGUGUGUGUGUGUGUGUGUGUGUGAAAUAUCUCCAGAUAAAGGGAUAAAACAGUCCACAGUGGGGAAAAGCACAAAGACUAAACCACUGUUGUUUAUUAUUCUUAUUUUAUUAUUUUUUCUCUUUUUAACAGAUUAUUAUUGUGUCAAAAAAAAAAGGGUUCUACACUUGUGGUGGAAUCCCUCCACUGCCUUCACUGCUUCCUCCAAUGGGAGCACGGCGAUUUCUCAACAACACUAACAUUUUACAUGUUAAAAUGAAGGUUUUAAUGUGUAUUUCUUUAAUAUUUCUAAGUUUCUUCGCUCCACAGUUCCAUAAACACUUACCUUCCUGAUGAUAUCUAACAAAAAACACUUCUAACGAUAUUUUAACGAUAUUUUAAUGAUAUUUUAACGAUAUUUUAAUGACAUUUUACAAUAUUUAAACGUCACUCCACUCUGCAUUCUAACAGCUACAGUUCUAACCAGUUAUCCAAUGAUGUCUGUUUGGAUAUACUGUAUAUUUAUAUGUCAAUGUUUUACUGAUUCUACUGAUUUUAUAACGUGUCCGAUUUUAUUGAAUGUCAUACAGUGUCACAUUUGGCAUAACAUAAAAUGUGUGUGUGUGUGUGUGA